AAUAUCAAGCUUGGUGGUUUUGAUUGAUCUUUCCUUGGAAGAAAUAUGAAUACCUUCUCAAACGUUCCUCCAGGCUUUAGGUUUCAUCCCACGGAUGAAGAACUGGUUGACUAUUAUCUCAGAAAAAAAGUUGGUUCAAAAAGGAUAGAUCUGGAUGUCAUCAAAGAUGUCGAUCUUUAUAAAAUUGAACCAUGGGAUCUGCAAGAAUUGUGCAGAUUAGGAACUGAGGAACAAAACGAAUGGUACUUCUUUAGCCACAAAGAUAAGAAGUAUCCAACAGGUACCCGCACUAAUAGAGCAACAAAAGCAGGGUUUUGGAAAGCUACGGGAAGAGACAAGGCUAUUUACUGCAGACUUUGCCUUAUCGGCAUGAGAAAAACCCUAGUCUUCUACAAAGGACGAGCACCCAAUGGACAAAAAUCCGAUUGGAUCAUGCAUGAGUAUCGACUCGAAACUAAUGAAAAUGGAACUCCUCACGAAGAAGGAUGGGUGGUUUGCAGGGCAUUCAAGAAGCGAAUGACGAUGGUUCAAAAAGUGAGUGAAUAUGAAUCUUCAUAUUGGUACGACGAGCAAGUCUCGUUCAUGCAGGAACUUGAAUCCCCAAGGCGAUUUCCUCAGCCAUAUGCAUCACCAUACCAUCACCACCAUUACCCCUGCAAGCAAGAGCUUGAGCUGCAACACAAUUUGCCUCAUAACGCUUUCCUUCAACUCCCUCAGUUGGAAAGUCCCAGAGUUCUGCAAUCCGCUGCGAGCGUAAGCGCCUGCAAGUCGGUUGCUCCUUACGGAAGCACGUUGCAGUCAACAACUCUCACACAGGAAGAGCACAUGAACCCGGUGAUGCAUCAGCAAAAUCUGAACUCGGUUUAUAACAACGGCGAGCAGGCAGUGGACCAGGUGACUGAUUGGCGAGUUCUCGACAAAUUCGUCGCCUCUCAGCUUAGCCAUGAGGAAGCAUCCAAGGGAAACAACUAUUCCAAUGCAGACACCAGUUUGCAAGUGGCUGAACAUAUGAAUUUGCUAGCUAAUGAAUCCAAAAGGCCAGAGAUUGCUCAUCAAGAACAUACCUCUGCGUCGACUUCGAGUUGUCAAAUUGACCUAUGGAAGUGAAAGCAUAUAUACUAAUUAUAGAAGGGAAUUUAUAAGAAAAGAUGUCUUUA